AUGACCAUAAUCUAUCUUACCCUAUUGAAGCUGACCAUUAUCUAUCUUAACCUAUUGAAGUUGACCAUCACCUAUCUUACCCUAUUGAAAUUGACCAUUAUCUAUCUUAAACUAUUGACAUUGACCGUUAUCUAUCUUACCCUAUUGAAAUUGACCAUUAUCUAUCUUAAACUAUUGACAUUGACCGUUAUCUAUCUUACCCUAUUGAAAUUGACCAUUAUCUAUCUUAAACUAUUGAAAUUGACCAUUAUCUAUCUUAUCCUAUUGAAAUUGACCAUUAUCUAUCUUAACCUAUUGAAGUUGACCGUUACCUAUCUUACCCUAUUGAAAUUGACCAUUAUCUAUCUUACCCUAUUGAAAUUGACCAUUAUCUAUCUUAAACUAUUAACAUUGACCAUUAUCUAUCUUAACCUAUUGAAGUUGACCGUUACCUAUCUUACCCUAUUGAAAUUGACCAUUAUCUAUCUUACCCUAUUGAAAUUGACCAUUAUCUAUCUUAAACUAUUAACAUUGACCAUUAUCUAUCUACACCUAUUGAAAUUGACCAUUAUCUAUCUUACCCUAUUGAAAUUGACAAUUAUCUAUCUUACCCUAUUGAAAUUGACCAUUAUCUAUCUUAACCUUUGA